GGAAAGUUGAAUAGGCUACAAGUUUAGUAACUCACUCCACAGGAUAGAAAAGUCUAGAAAGUAUUGAAUGUUUGACGGUUGGACUUCUGGAGAUUUUGGCGUGUUACGUAAGCAGGAGAAUAAAAUUUAAAGGACGUACAGACGUCUAGCUGUUGUCACAGGACGUACAGACGUCUAGCUGUUGUCACAGGACGUACAGGCGUCUGUUUUUGUCACAGGACGUACAGACGUCUAGCUGUUGUCUACAACCCAGGACCUAGGGGAGGAUGCAGGUCGGCCUGAGGGUGGUCAGAGGACCAGACUGGAGGUGGGAGGACGCUGAUGGAGGUGAAGGUCACGUGGGGACCGUGGUGGACAUUGGAGGAGGUCAGCAGACGACAGUUCCAGACAAGUGUGUCACGGUCGUCUGGGAUGCUGGGACGGUGAAAAAUGUGCGGGCAGGUUUCCAGGGGGCGUUUGAUCUGCUGGUCUUGGACAAUGCCCAGUGUGGUGUGAGACAUCCCGAUGUGAUGUGCAGUGAGUGCCUGCAGCUGGGCAUAGAGGGCAUAAGAUGGCGGUGCAGCGAGUGCCCGGAUGUGAACCUGUGCACGCCCUGUUACAUGGCAGAUAGACACGACCUUGACCAUGAGUUUUGUCGACUAGACACCCCGGCCAGUGAAGGUGUUGCCGUCCCUGAGAGAAGUGAGAGUCACGUGAUGAGGAGGCAGGCGCUGGGCAUUUUUGUGGGCGCUACCGUGGGGAGGGGGAGGGACUGGGUGUCACCGCUGCCGUCAGAGGUGGGGGUGGGAGAUGAAGGCACCGUGACAGAGCUGACCCAUGGCAGAUCUGUUGCCAUGGUUACCUGGACCACAGGGCAGAGGACCGCACACCAGGUGGGUCGAGGGGGCAAAGUUCACCUGAAAUGUCUGAAAGAUGCCAGUGGUGGAUUCUACUACAAGAAUCAUCUCCUGGUCUUAGGUCAGUCUGAUGCCCCGUCUGUGGUGCCACCUGCCGGAGUGCCCGACAUUGAGAUGGGAGAUGACCUACACCGCAGCCUAGAACGAGCGGCCUUGAUGAACCUGUUGUUACCUCCCCCUGGUCUAUUCAUGCCGCUACAGGUACAACACGAGCGGCCAACAGACGACAACCAAACUCCCGCCAAAACCUGCAUCGGGUACAGGGUCGUGAGGGGCCCCGACCUUGUGGACGACACAUUUGACGGAGGUGAAGGUCACGUGGGUACCGUCCAGGAGAUGGAGGUGGGAUUGUUUGGUAUACCAGUCAGAGCCGUGCGCGUGGUCUGGGAUAAUGGGAUAAUGACCAGCUGUCGUGUCGGCGCCAGCGGAAGUUACGAUCUCCGUGUCUUGGACACGGCACCUGCAGGUGUCCGACACAGUUUUAACUGUGACGAAUGUAAAACUGGCAAAAACAUUCUUGGCAUCAGAUGGAGAUGCACUGAGUGCAUGGACUACGAUCUUUGUACUCAGUGCUACAUGGGUGGCCAACACGACUUGGGCCACGCCUUUGUCAGAAUAGACGGGCCAUCUAACGCUAGGGUCCUGGUGCCAGCCCGCGCCCUGAGCCAGGAGACGAAGGUCGAGGCCAAAGGAAUUUUUCUGGGAGCUCACGUGACCCGGGGAGUCGACUGGAAAUGGGACGACCUCAAUGGGGAGGGUGAGGAGGGGGAGGUAGUGCAGGUGAGAAACUACGCCGCUGGGUCCUACAGGAGCGGGGUCAAAGUUCAGUGGAAGUCCGGCUAUGACAGCAUCUGCCGUGUCGGACACAGAGGCCGGCAAGAUUUGAAGUGUGUCACGCCGGCAACCGGUGGGGUUUACUACAGGAAUCACCUGCACGUUCUAGGUAAAGUUGACGAGCCUUAUCUGAAGCCCGGGGACAAAACUUUCUGUAGGGCCGACCUUAAGACUUUAAUCAGGACACAGAAACAACGGUUCAAGUGGAUCGAAGACGCAGCUAAAUGCCUGAACAAAGUUGGAAUCGUCCGGAAGGUUCUAGAAGAUGGCGACGUGGAGGUGGAGUUUCCAGCCAGCGGUCACACACAGAACUUCAGUCCAGAGAUCCUAGUCAAGGUCAAGUACAGUGAGGCUGACCUGCAGACAGCCGUCGACAGCCCUGCCGUGCAGGAGGCCAUGAAGCUUGGGCUGUCCACGGAGAGGGUGAGGCGGGUGGUGGAGGAACGUCUGGCCUUCACAGGACUGGCCUUCACGUCUGUCGAUGACGUCACGCAGGCCGUGGCCGCGUGUGAUGACGUCACGCCGGCAGCCAGCGGUGAGGUCAAGGUUGAGGUCACGCAGGGUCAACACAAGAAGAGCAGCUGCAGCGUUUGUCAGAUGAGCGAGGCCAACACCGCUUUCGUCCCCUGCGGGCAUAUCGUCUGCUGCGGUCCGUGCAGCGAGGCUCUGACGUCAUGUCCUGUUUGUGGAACACCUAUACAGCUGCAUGUACGAACAUACAUCCCCUAACAAACUGACGUCAUGUACGCACAUACAUCCCCUAACAAACUGACGUCAUGUACGCACAUACAUCCCCUAACAAACUGACGUCAUGUACGCACAUACAUCCCCUAACAAACCCACGUCAUGUAUGAACUGAUCUCUUUUACUAGCAGCUUAUGUUUUAAGACAAAAAUUUUUUUCAUAAUCUCUUUUUUUAACUCGUGCUUCCAUUUGUCCAUUUCCUAUAGAGUAGCUUGUACAAAAUAAAACAACAAAUGGUUGUUGGUUUUUGUUGUUUUUAUAUGUAAUGUUUUGAAGACUUACAACUUUGACUGUUACGUUCUCCUGGAUGUCACAUGACAUUUAUGACAACAAAUUAUGUACAUACAUUUUUUGUAACAUUUGUAUUGGUUUAUCUGUGACAAACGAUAACUAGUUGAUAUUGUUGUUUAAUGAUGGUACGGGUGGCUAGACGAUAGGGGUGGGGUUUAUAGUGUCAUAGUGUGGUGAAGUGGCGUAACAAACACGGUCCCCAAAGGUCCCAGGUCCCCAGAGGUCUCAGGUCCCCAAAGGUCCCAAAGAACUAGUAUUAGUGAUCUCAGAUGUGAUCUAGAUGAUAUCUUGUAAAACAAAAAAAAACUUUAAAAACGUAACAAUCUGAUUGAGGUACAGUAAACAAAAUGUUUUAUAAACAUCAACUAAUUAAAGUUUAAAGGUUAAUUAAAGUACAAUGUCUAAAUCGAGCAAGAUAAUUUUAUAUCUAACGAGGUUUUCCAGUUUCAACGUCGAGUGUAAUUUAGUUGUCGGAGGUGUAUUAUGCGAUUUUUUAAAAUCAAUUUCAUGUCCGCAAACUUA